AUGCGUGUCUUUCACCGAGACACGGUUAUUGGACAUGCAAACUUCUCGGGAAACCCAUUAGACGCGGCCUGGACGUCAGAUUUCCAACCCAACAAUGCUCGCAUCGAGAAGGGCAACUUAAUCCUCAAACUACAAAAGGGAAACACUAUCAACAAGUUUGGAAACAAGCCUGGCUUUGGUGCCACCGUCUCCAGCACCAGAUGGAUGCUGUAUGGAACGGUGUCGGCGAGGAUCAAGUCUGGAUCGCUCAGUGGAGGAAUCAUCUCAUCGUUCAUCUUCCGCAGCUCCUUGACCGGUGACGAGAUUGACUACGAAUGGGUUGGCAGGGAUCCUACCGAAGUUCAAAGCAACUACUACUGGAGAACUCCAGCAAACAUGGACCCAAAGGACAUCGACUACAGCCACUCGGAUCGCAAAGAUAUCGGAAUCCAUCCCGCACAAGAAUACCAAACCUACACCAUCGAAUGGCUCCCCAACAGUCUCACCUGGUUCAUCAACGGAAAAGUCAUUCGUACCCUCCUCCGGUCAGAAGUCAACGGUACCAAAUACCCCAACACGCCUUCUCAGAUUCAAUUCAGUAUCUGGGAUGGAGGUUUAUCAGACCCCGAGACCCGCGAGUGGGCUGGGGGGCCAACAGUCUGGGAGGAGGGACAACCCGCGUAUGAGAUGAUGGUUGAUUGGGUUGAUGUCAAGUGUCAUUCUCCAGUGGAUCCGAACGCUUGGCCGCCAAAGGAUAAGGGGUACCAGAAUUUUGUUAAUCCAUUGGCGAAGGACACGUCGUCGCCGUUGGCCAAGGAGGCUAUUGUGUUGGGGGAUAAUGCGCCAAAGUUCUCGACACUUGAGAAUGGAGGGUUGCAUUGGGGACGGUUUAAUGGUGGUGGUGGCAAGUCGCUGGUUGGGAACAGGUCGCCUCUUCCCAAGUGGAACCAAGGUGUAUCACGCUUUGGAUCUAGAUCUGGAUCGUCGUUGGCCUGGAUAUCAUUGGUAUCCGUCUUUUCUGUCUUUGUACUUCAUGUUCUUUCAUUAUAA